AUGGCAGAGGAGGAGGAUUAUGUGGGUGAAGAGGACGUGUUCCUGGCUUUUGCCCAGGGUCCUUCUCCUCCCAGGGGUCCCCUACGACAGGCCUUGGACAAGGCCUUCUUUAUAUUCCUGGCCCUCUUUCUGACACUACUGAUGCUGGAGGCUCUUUAUAAACUCCUGUGGCCGCUGCCAUGGGCAAAAUUUGGGGAAUGGCUCCUGGGAACACCUCAGAAGGAAGAUGAGCUGGAAUUGUGACUACCUUUUGUAUAAAUAUCCUCUUACCCUGAUAAAAUACAUAAGUAAGGCCCUAUCUGGUUUGCAUCAGUGGAUAGAGCAUCGGGCUGC